AUGUCCAACACAACAAAGUCCGCAAAGAUCGGGAAACCGCCAAAUAAUGUAAGAGACUACAACAUCAUCAGGGGCAUAUAUCGACAGUAUGGCAUCACGACUCUGGAUCCAAGUUUGGGAUAUGUGUUUGCUGCAAAGGAGCCAAAGAAUGCCGUCCACGAGUCCAAGCAGCCCGCCAUAAUUGCCGGCAUGGUCAUUGUUAUGCUUGCCAUCAUUGUUCCGACGGCAGCAAGACUUUGGAUACUGGUCGUUGUCGACGCUGGAGGAGGUACACAUACUUGGGAAAAUACCUACAACGACUACCAAUUCUACUCGUAUUACUUAACAAUUUGUCGAUUGCUUUACUACCCCACUGUUGGCAUCAUCAAGAUCUCGAUCACCCUCUUUAUUCGUCGAAUCGUUGAUACGGCGUACAGGACAUGGAGAAUUGUGGCCGACAUUUUUCUUGGGGCUCUCGUUGCUUACGUUGUGCUCGCUGUGUUUUGGAGUAUCUUCAUCUGCAAUCCACCCCGCGCUGUCUGGGACAGGGAGUUCGCAGGCAGCUUAACAGAACAGGCGACUUGUGGAGACCAGUUCUUGAGCGCGAAGAUCCUCAGCAUUAUUCAUGUGGUUCAGAGUGUUCUCCUCCUGGCAACGCCCAUCGUUAUUUUGUGGAGAAUUCGCAUUGACCGGGGAAAGAAGAUCCGGCUCUUCAUCAUAUGGGCUGCAGGUGGCCUCACGGUUACAGGCGGCCUCCUGCAACAAAUCCAACCUUUCAAAUCGCCGGAUAUCUUCUGGGAAUACACCAUCAUACUCAGAUGGACAGUUCUAGAUAUAGCUAUGGGUACUGUGACUGCGUCCUUGCCGGUGUUAGAUUCGGCAAUCAUGGUAUCAUGGCGGACGGCUAAGUCCACACUUGGCCUCUCAAAUCGGGAGAGAGACAACAGUAGAGAGACAAAUGGAACAAAGCCUGAGACGAUUGGUUCAGGGCCACGAAAGGCGUACAUCAGCUCUGCUGAGAAUAUCAUUAGAGAAGGCGGUGGUAUCGAGAUGGAUGUUAUGCGGCAAAACAACCCUUACGAAAAUGGCAACGCUCAUUCGAUUCCGGAUACCGCAGGGCAUGAUGAGCGAUAUAAACUUAACACCAUUGUAUGA